GCUGAUCGAUCUAUUUUUGUUUGUCACAUAUACCAUUCCGCUGACAGGACCGAUAACUGUGGAUUACAAACUUGCUACCUGUGUGACCGGUUGGAGAAAGCAUUGACAGGUGACAGAACCUCUGCCAAGAUGCCUACAGUUGUGGACCCUGCGUUCAAGAAUAUUGCACAAAAAAAGGCCGGAUUCUAUAUAUGGCGAAUUGAGCAAUUGAAGGUGGUAGCAGUACCGAAGGAACAGUAUGGAGACUUCUACAAGGGCGAUUCCUAUAUUGUCUUAUCUAUUAAAGAUAUUAAAGGCGCCAUGGACAUGCACAUCCAUUUCUGGCUGGGCAGCGAGAGUUCACAGGAUGAGGCUGGAACUGCGGCUAUAAAGGCCGUGGAGCUUGAUGAUAGUUUGGGUGGUGCUCCAGUCCAACACCGGGAAGUUGAGAAUCAUGAAUCAAAGCAAUUCCUCAACUACUUCAAGACUAAAGGUCUCAAUUACAUGAACGGAGGAACUAAAUCGGGAUUCAAUCAUGUGGAACAUACCUUUAUUGUACGACUAAUGAGAGUCAAAGGCAAGCAUCAUAUUCGAGCAGCUGAGGUUCCCAAAGUGUCCUGGUCAGAAAUGAACAGUGGUGAUGUUUUUAUCCUCGAUGUUCCGAAAAACCAAAUGAUGUUUAUCUGGAACGGUCAGGGGUCGAGUAACCAAGAGAAGAGAAUGGGACUGAGAUAUGCUAACAAUCUGAAGAAUGGUCGUCCUAAGAAGACUAAUUUAGUGGUGGUCGAUGAUGGAGAGGAGAAUGAAGAUGCCAUGUCUAAACAGGAGUUGAAGGUGUUCAGUGAACAUCUGCCUUUGGGAGAGAAAAGUAGCAUGAAGUCUGCGGAGGCUGCAGGAGAGGAUACUAAAGCGGACGAAAACGCACCGGACAAAGUUGUCAAACUCUAUGUUGUGAAAGAGGAAAAUGAUACAUUAACAGUGUCAGAGGUCAAAACAGGACCGUUGAAGCAUGAGGACCUUGAUCCUAAGGACGCCUUUAUCAUCUCCAGCGAACAAGGCAUCUGGUUCUGGAAGGGCAGAGAAGCCUCACAGAAGGAGAGGAAAGGCAUGACUCUAGCUGUGGGAUUUCUGAACAAAAAGGGGAUGAAUCUCAACACACAAGUGACUACAACGUCCCAGGGGGCCGAGCCUGUCGAAUUCCAGUGGCUGUUCAGUAACUGGCCUCAACCUAAGUCAUCGGGGAAAACCUACAACCGCAACAAGAUAGCUAAGACUGUACAGACCAAGUUUGAUGCCUCCACACUGCACUCCAAUCCUCAGUUGGCUGCCGAGACACAGAUGGUGGACGAUGGGUCCGGACGAGUUGAGGUUUGGCGUGUAGAGAAUGAAAACCUAGUGCCACUACAGAAGAAGUAUUGGGGCGAGUUUUUCGGCGGGGACAGUUACGUGAUACAGUAUACGUACCACUCGGGGGGUGAGAGGAACAUCAUUUACUACUGGCAGGGUACCUAUUCUAGUAACCUGGAGAAGGGAACCUCUGCCCUCAAAGCUGUGGAACUCGACGAUAAGUUGGGUGGAAGUGCUGUACAGAUACGGGUGGUACAGGGGAGGGAGCCGCCACACUUCAUGGCAAUGUUUGAUGGAAAAAUGAUUGUCUUCUCGGGAGGAAAAGCAUCCGGCAGUCAGGAAAAGAGCGAGGAGAAGGGUCAUGAGGACGGACCGGGUGACAAGUACAUGUUACAUGUGCGUGGUACAUCACAGCUGAGUCUGAAGGCAGUCCAGGUGCCUCUCCGUGCUUCCUCCCUCAAUUCCAAUGACGUGUUUGUGGUUGUCACGAAAACCUCUGUCCUCAUCUGGAUGGGCAAAAAAUGCACUGGCGAUGAAAGGGAAAUGGCCAAAAGGAUUUGCACACGUUUUUCCAGACAACCGACUAUGGUUUUUGAAGGCCAGGAGAAGGAUGACUUUUGGAAAAUCCUGGGAGGAAAAGAGGAGUAUGCUUGUGAAAAAAUUGAACAGACUGCUGAAGAAGUGCGACCACCUAGGCUGUUCCAAAUUUCAAAUGCAACUGGGGCUAUCCAGGUCAGCGAGAUCCCGGACUUCACACAGGCAGAUCUAGUGCCUGAGGAUGUGAUGCUGCUCGAUGCUUGGGACUGCCUUUAUUUGUGGAUUGGUGGAGGUGCUAACAAGGCGGAGCGAAGCCAAGCCACCACACUAGCAAUGGAAUACAUGACCUCUGACCCUGCUGGCAGAAAUGUUGGAACACCAAUCAUACAGAUCAAACAAGGAUAUGAACCCCCAACCUUUACUGGCUUCUUAGGAGUCUGGGACAGGCAGCUUUGGAGUAAUGGAAAGUCCUACAGCGAAUUGGUAGAAGAAGCCAAAAAUCAAAAUGAGGUUUUACCUCAGGAAGUGGAGGCUGAGAGCAAUGGUACUGAUUUCAGCACAGUGGCGAAGUACCCACUGGAAAAACUGCAGGUAUCCACGGAAGAUCUCCCACAAGGAGUCGAUCCUACCUGUCGAGAGCUGCAUCUUGAAACAGAAGAAUUUGACCGCCUAUUUGGGAUGCCCUAUGCACAGUUCCAGAGUGUUGCAAUGUGGAAACAGAAGCAGAUGAAACAGAAAUUAAAACUGUUUUAAAUCCACUCUGACAUAUAUAUAUAAUUGCUGUUUUAUAUUAGUAUACUUGUGAACUGGUGCACUUGCAGCUUUAUGCUGUAGUACUACCGGGUAACGCAAUCAGCUUACCACUUUUGGACCACAGAUGUAUAGGUGUCUCAGUAUGAUCAGUGUUUUUUAGGUGCUUUGGCAUUUUAACCCUUUCACCCCUACUGACCAUAUUGGACUUCAACUUAUGAAAGAAUGGCAGAGUCCACUAAAGUUUCUUAGGGUUGAAAGGGUUAAACGGCAGCAGGUUUCAGACUUUAAUGAACCAGGAAGGUAGUGACUGUAACACUCCACAGUUGAUUAAGAAAUUGUUAUCACCAAAAUUUAAAAGAAAUGUUUUAAUGUAUUUUUAUCUAAGAUCAGUUCAUAAUACAAAACUGGCAUUUAUCCCAACCAGCCGCGAGAGAAAUAUAAUUGUUUGCUGGGUUAUUCAGAUGUUUGAAUAUUACGGGGACUCAACAGUUCAGAAAAUUUUGAAAGUUUGGAUAUAAUAAUGACAGUUCAGAUUAAAUAUUUUAUAAGUUUGAAUAUAAGACAGUUAAAAUUUAAUAUUUAAAAGUUUGGAUAUAAGACAGUUAAGAUUUGAUAUUUAAAAGUUUAGAUAUAAUUACGACGAUUCAGAUUAAAUAUUUUAUAAGUUUGGAUAUAUGACAGGGUACUGUACUUAACUAUACCAAAGCACACUGAAAACAUUGGCGGUACAAAUAUGUAUUAUAUCAUUCACUGUGGUUGAAGAGAUGCUCGUUAAAGUUUACCGAUCAUAUGUAUAAUGACGUGUACAAUGUAUACUGUAGUGAUUUGCUGCUUUUAUAACAAAACUCUAGGUGUGACCAUUACACACUGUUAAGUUUUAAGAUCUUACAUGUUUUGGUAUUUAAAUUUUAUUCUCAUUGCAUUCCAACAUUAUUUCUGAAGUUGUAAAAAACUUUGGAUUUGUAUUCCAUCUAAUACAUGAGGGGUUAUCUCCCCUCAUAUGAUAUUAUAAAGUGUUGUGCUCAAGAACUGGGUAUGUUAUCAAAUGUUUAGAUAGAUAUAUUUAUACAUGUUCAUAGUUAAGAAUGAUAUACUUAUUAUACACAGGAUUUUUUUUUCUACUAUUCAUGGCCAAAAUUUCUUCAUACUUGGAAUUAUUUUUCUUUCCCCAAGGUUGUUGUUCAAUUGGAAUCAUUUUUUCUUUCUACAUAGUUAUCUGUUAAUACAUAUACAAUGUAUGUUGUUUACUUGGAUGGAAUGGAAACUGAAAGUGUGAUUUUUAAUUCAUAUUCUGCUGUGAAAAAGAAGAAUAUUUGAGAACUGGGGGAAAUUCCAAAUUCUAACAUGUGAACUUUUUGUUCAUGUUGAGUUUCCACUUGAAAUUGUGUAAUAGUUUUACCAUAUAAACAUUAAUCUCACUAUGUCCAAUAUGGACAAACAUUAUUACAUUCUUCCUGGAAUUUAACAACUCUUGUGAAGUUUGACUGAGUUUAUAUAACAGGGUUAUACAUUUUUACCUGUAAAACUUGGGUUUGUGAUUUAUAGCAUGCUCAUCGUCAGCUGUCAUUUGAAAUGGGCCAUGAUUGGUUGGUGGUACAAUUGAUCGGUCAUUUACAUUUUAGUAGCUUCAAUAGAGUAGUGUUUUGUAUUGUCAGGAAUGCAGAGGUUUCUAUAUUAACUUUAAUCUGCUGUCUAGAUAAAAGUUACAAUCCUUCACAAUGAAGGAAAAUCAUUGUCAGCGCUCUUUAAGUAAACUUAAUCAUUUUUCAACAGAUUUUGAUCAAACUUCAUUUACUGGUCAGAUAUGAGAAUAUUUCAGCGAGCCAAGGUCAAGGACAAGGUCACUGUUACUAUUUAAAGAGAAUCAUUGCAAGUGCUCUAGCGACUUCACACAAGGGGAUUGGUAUCGCUUUCGAUGCCCUGUUUUGAAAAUUAAAAAAAACGAUACAAAGUUUAAUGUGACAAAGCGAACACAGACUUAAAUGAGCAUAAUUAAUGGAUCAGUUUCCAGUAGGUCUGACUGAUAUAGGAUUGAUAGUUUGGGGUUUUAUAUACAUGUACUGCUAUAUCACAGCAAUGUAGUUGUCUCGGUGCCGUUCACAAAUUAUAGUACAUCUGUAUUAUAAUAAUAUUACGGUAUACACAUAGAUCUGAUAAUUAUUACAGCAUAACGUAGGGCUGACUUCAUAGUACUAUAAUAAUAUUACGGCAUACACAGAUCUGUUAUUACAACAUAAUGUAGGUCUGACUUCAUAGAACUAUAAUAAUAUUACGGCAUACACAGAUCUGUUAUUACAACAUAACGUAGGUCUGACUUCAUAGAACUAUAAUAAUAUUACGGCAUACACAGAUCUGUUAUUACAACAUAACGUAGGUCUGACAUUCAUAGUACUAUAAUAAUAUUACGGCAUACACAGAGAUCUGUUAAUUAUUACAACAUAACGUAGGUCUGACAUUCAUAGUACUAUAAUAAUAUUACGGCAUACACAGAGAUCUGUUAAUUAUUACAACAUAACGUAGGUCUGACAUUCAUAGUACUAUAAUAAUAUUACGGCAUACACAGAGAUCUGUUAUUACAACAUAACGUAGGUCUGACAUUCAUAGUACUAUAAUAAUAUUACGGCAUACACAGAGAUCUGUUAAUUAUUACAACAUAACGUAGGUCUGACAUUCAUAGUACUAUAAUAAUAUUACGGCAUACACAUAGAUCUGACAUUUUGUUACUGUAAUGUUAUUACAAAUACGAUUGUUUAUAUAUAUAUAAUAGCUAAUGCAUAAUGUACAGCCAAAAUAUGGUGGGCUUUGUUUUUUAUCCUAAAGCAAUAAUUUAUGUAUUUAGAACAAUAAAUUUACAAUGAGAAACCUUUAUGUUGUUUGAAGACAAAUAAUCACAGGUUUUCUAGCAUUGUUAGCGUCUCUUAUCUGGUAUUGACAUUUUUUUUAUUCAUUUUCUUUUUGUUUAAAACAAUUGUUACAUGGUUUGUACAGACGAUGAAAAGUGCUGGAAUUUGAGGUCGGUCUGGAAAAGUACUGGAUUUUGCGCACAAGUGCUUAAAAAGUACUGGAAUUUAUACUUACUUGUCAUAAACAUGCUUUUUCAGAUUCCCUUAAGAAUUUAACGAAUUUAGUACAAGAAAAUUAUCAAAAAAAAUGUUUAAUAGCCAGCAUUAUUUACUUUAAUUUUCAUUAAUAUCCAGAUUGUGAUAUUUGGCUAUUUAUUACAAGUGCAGUGUUUUGAUCACAUUAGUUACACAACACAUCUGUUUAUUUUCAUCAUGUUAAUGACAAAAGUUACCUCGAUUCCCUACAAGUUUGGCUUAAAAUGCACUUUGAAAAUUUAGAAAAUAAGUGCUGUAAAAGUGCUUGAAAUUUGAUAUGAAAAAUCUGUACGAAACCAAGUGUCACUUUUUUGUAUAUAUAUGCAAAUGAUUGUUAAAUGAUACAGGUCUGUAAGUAAAAAUACCUUACAAAAUGAUGUGCUGCUAUAAUACAGUACUAUUCCUUACCAAAUAUGUGUAAACUUUUGAAUUUUGGAAGGAAAUUUCAUUUUAAAUCUACAUUGAUAUCAUGAAGAAAUUUGCGGGAUCCUUCACAAUCAGAAGAACUUUGUACCGAGAUCUAAUUCACCAGCUGUGAAGCAAGUGAUCAUAAUAAAAUAAAGAUAUUGAAGGAUAACAGUGGAUUGAUUCAUUCCUUGUUAUUUUGUCAGUAGAUGUGCGUCGCUCCCAAGGGGAGGUAAUAAAUUUGUCUCAAAAACUUAAGUUUACAUUGCUUUAGUCCUCAAAAGGAGUGGUAAGCCUCGUUAUAUGUAUAGGUGAGAAUUUACCAGUUUGUUAUCCUUUUUUUCUUUGUAAAGAUUAUAUAUUCCGCUAUCUGGACAGGUGCAGGAUACAUGAUAUAUGUACAAGGGUCUGGAAAAUAUGAAGUUUGCUGAAAAUUGUAACACUUGCAUUUAUUAGAAUCAAGAGGUGUUGUCGGUCGCAUUGUGAUGAGCACGGCAUCCAGGGUAAUGCAUAUACAGGUUAUUUCAAUAUCCUAACGUUUUAUUUAUUAACAUCUACAACAAAUCCCACAAUAGGAAUCAAACAAGUUGGGCUUUAAGAGCAGAAAUUAAUACCUGAAUAGAGUCUGAUUUAAUAUCCAUACCAUCAAACAGUGUGCAAUUUGCUAUUAGCUUCCUAACAGGAGGAGAACCUCCAUUUUCAUCGUUUUCAAUAUUUUUGUUGUACAAAAUAUUCCACAUCAUACUAGUUUUUGUUUGUUUUUGCUACUGUUUCAUCUUUUUUAUUAUAUCAAUAAUAACUUUGUUAACCGACAGUAUUCACAAAAUGAAUGAUGAAAUUACAUCAGACAGAUAUGGAAUUCAUAGGUAAUUUUACAGGUAAAUUACCUAAUCACCAGGUGAUCUUACAGGUAAUCCAUCAUGUGAUUUAAAGGUAAUCCAUCAUGUGAUUUUACAGGUAAUUCAUUUGGUGAUUUUACAGGUAAUUCAUCUGGUGAUUUUACAGGUAAUUCAUCUGGUGAUUUUACAGGUAAUUCAUUUCGUGAGUUUGAUACAGGUAGAGCAACAUCUAUGGAACAUAUAUGUGAAUUUUCCUUGCAAUUUGACUAAGUUUUCUCCAGAUAAAGAACCUAAUUAAGUGUCCUAUACAAUACAAGUCUACCAUAUUAUUGGAUGAAAUUUCCUCGAUUUCUGGGCUAGGUAAUCUUGGUUUAUCAGCUUUUUAUUAGCAUGAAGCAUUAUGAUAAAGGUAGACUUCAACCUAGUGGAGGUAAACUUCAUGAUUGUAUGAUUGUUCAUCUUUUGAAAAAUUUCUAUAAAAAAAUACAUGCAUUAAAAUUUAUACCAUAGAAUCCUUUGAUUUGUGAGCCUAGCUAUGACCCUGAAGCUGAACUUGAUGACAUUCCAGUUGGGUAUGUAGAUAUAUAUAUCUAAUGUCAUAGAUCUGCACAAUGUAUCUGUCAAAAUAUGCUAAUAAAGAAUUUUAAUCAAUGUUAUUUUUUUAAAUCUUGUGAUUUUCCUUGUAUUUUUGAAAUAAACAUUCUACUCAGAAUUAGCUAUCAUAUUGAU